AUGAUUAAAAUGCAAUUGCCGUUCUUUGCUGCAGCUACGGGAAUUAACAUCUCCAAAUCAACGGUAAAUUUUAAUGGAAGUAACCUGGGUACCAACCAAAUGAAUAUAUCGGAAAAAAACUUUACAGAAGCGAUAGACGAUCCUAUCGAAGAUGUCUACGAAACCGAAACUGUGGUCAAAUACAUACACUAUAUUUUUCUUAUAUGCACCUUAGUGACGUUUGUAUGUGCUUUAGCUGCCAAAAUUUUUCUUGUAGUUACAAUUUUAAGAUUUAAAGAAUUAAGAACAAGAAUCAACAUGUAUAUAUUUAAUGCGACCAAUUUGCCCUAUGAGGCAACUAAAACAGUGUAUUGCCUUACCGUAGCGAAUAUUUUUGUUUUGUCUUGGUUGCCUCAUUUUGUGUUGCAUUAUUUUUUGCUCAUCGGCUUCCACGCGCAGUGGCAUGUUACACUAUUAAUUACGGGGCUUUUUGGUUAUGCGAGUCCCGUCGUUGUGGUUUGGAUUCUGGGCAGAAAAAACAAACACUUUAAAAUGGCGUACAAUCGAAGCUUCAAGAGAUCAUUAUCAAUCUACCAAAAUGGAAAUUUGGAUGUAUCGGAUGACGAAGAGUGCAAAACUGAAGAUCAAAUUGUUAGAGUACACAUGAAUGCAGAAGAUGUAUCUAUUUAUUAG